CCGGGCCGGGCGGAGCCGAGCCGUGUAAAACCGUGCCGAGCCGAGCCGUGCCGUGCCGAGCCGAGCCGAGCCGUGCCCACCAUGGCCAUCGCGCACAUCGCCACCGAGUACGUCUUCUCGGACUUUUUGCUGAAGGAGCCGCCGGAGACGCGCUACAAGGGGCUGCGGCUGGAGCUGGCGCUGGACAAGAUCGUCACCUGCAUCGCCGUGGGGCUGCCGCUGCUCCUCAUCUCCCUCGCCUUCGCCCAGGAGAUCUCCAUCGGUGCCCAGAUAAGCUGCUUCGCACCCAGCUCCUUCUCCUGGCGCCAGGCUGCCUACGUGGACUCCUACUGCUGGGCAGCUGUGCAGCAGAAGCAGCCAUCCCAGAGCAACCUGGAGAACAUUCCCCUCUGGCUUCAUAAAUUCUUCCCAUACAUCCUUCUGCUAGUUGCUAUCCUGCUGUAUCUACCAUGUUUGUUCUGGCGCUUCACUGCUGCACCUCACCUUUCUUCAGACCUGAAAUUUAUUAUGGAAGAGCUUGACAAGGCCUAUAACAGGGCAAUCAAAGCUGCUAACAGCGUCCGUAGCGGAGACGCCAGAGACCCCACUGACUUAAUUCCAACUGCUAAUGAAAACUUGACACAGAGUUUGUGGGAAAUUUCUGAAAGCCACUUUAAAUACCCCAUUGUGGAGCAGUACCUGAGGACAAAGAAGAAUUCCAAGUGCUUAAUAAUCAAAUACAUUUUCUGCCGUUUACUCACUCUAGUAAUUAUUUUCCUUGCGUGCCUCUAUCUGGGCUACUACAUUAGCCUCUCCUCUUUGAGCGAUGAGUUCCUCUGCACCAUCAAAACAGGGAUCUUAAAGAAUGACACAACUGUUCCAGAUGUGGUUCAGUGCAAGCUUAUUGCUGUCGGUGUCUUCAAGGUACUCAGCUAUAUUAACCUGAUAGUCUAUCUCCUGGUGAUGCCGCUGGUGGUGUACGCGAUGUUUGUUCCCUUCCGGUGGAAUUCAGGCAUUCUCAAAGUGUAUGAAAUCCUGCCAACUUUUGAUGUGCUGAAACUUAAGUCAAAGUGUUUAGAUGACUUAAGCCUUUACCUCCUCUUUCUUGAGGAGAACGUGAGUGAACUUAAAUCAUAUAAAUGCCUCAAAGUGCUAGAGAACAUUGCAGUUUCUGAGAAGUUUGAUGUCAUGCAACUUUUGAUAAACCUUGGUACAAUUAAGACAGAUACUGUAGAUGGGAAGCCAGGGACAGCUGUGCCAGAGAAGCCUGAAGAAACACCUGUAGAAGAGCUGGAAAAAGAUGCAACAGAGCUACAAGUUUUGACAGACCAUGAAGCAAGUGGUCACAUGAGCCCCAGAGAAGAUAAAAAACUUCGCCAAAGACUUAUUGAUUCUUCAUGCUGAUGCCUUCCAGCCACAGCAGGCAGGAGUUUCGUGCUGCAAGAGGGCUUCUCCUCCGCCUUCACCGCGCUGAACACAAGGUGCUGCUCUUUGAGUGCAACUGUCCCGGGAGCCUGGCAACUCCUCAGAGGACAAAAUGGUUUACAGACUAUUUGUUGAACAUAGCUGAAAAAAACAUGCUGUAGACUUUCAUUAUUAAAAAAAAAAGAAAAAAGAAAAAAGAAAAAGAAAAAAAAAGAAACAAAGAACAAAAGAAACGCUGUUAUGAGUAACAACUGAGAUGCAUUGAAUGCCGGUGAAGCUGGCAUCAGGAAAGAGCACUGUUCUGUACAGGGGUGGGAAACAUACCCCUGUGAAUAUCAAAAAGGGUUGGACAUGUUGCAUUCUGACAUGUUGCUCCACUGGGCACAGUCAUCAUAGUUCUGGGGUGAAAGUGAGGCAUCUGGGGGUUUCUGUCCUAUGAAAGGUUGUUGGGGUUUUUUAUGUGUGGUUUGUUUGUUUUUCUGGGUCUGGCUAAUCCGUGUACCAGGUGUGGCUGGGCACUGAUAAUGGCUGUGUCUUCAAAGGAAAAAUAGGGGUUUCUCUGUUCAGCCCAAGAUGUCUCAAUGAGUCAUCUCCAGAGUGAAGUGUGGGAUUAUUCACAUGGCACUGAUGGAAAAAGAAACUACAAACAGUAUUAUUAUAAGGGGGUACAGUAGAUUUUAGGGUUUUUGAUUUUUCUUAGUAUUCAUAAAAUAAAAAUGUCAACAUUUUUUAUACAAAAUUAUAUGUAAGCUAAAUAUUAGGCUAAUUUCUAUUUGACAGUUGUUUUGGUCUUAGUGACUGAUGUAUCCUUCUUGGAGUUUGGACUGAAGAUCAGAGAAGUUGGUUCAAUUUUUGUAAUAGUCUUUAGAACUUCUUUUUUAUGUUUGUACAAUUAGAAUGUGUUUCAUUGUGUUUGUAGCAUCAGAUGCAAUAUUAGUUGUACUGUUUUCCAAAACCAACUUGAGAGGACAGUCCUAUUUGUGCUAGCGUAGCAUCGAGUGCCCCAGCAGAGCUAACACCCAGUAGCCAACGUGACCUAGAUGUGGAUAUGAAGAAAUGUUCUCCCCACACACUGUGACUGAAUUUAAAUUGAAGGAAUGAUGCUGAAGUCGGUUGGGACAGACAUAGGAAGAGGGAGUGUUUGUAAAGUAGAAAAUUGUCCCCAUUUGUUAUUGUAGCAUUUGUCCCAUCCUGUCCAGGACCUCUACCUUCUGUUAACAUUAAAGUGACCUCUGUCUUGAAUUUUAGAUACUGGGUUAGGUGGGGGGGGGGUUAAUUGCCACAGUGACUUUGUGUAUCUUCCAUAAAUGUUAUAUGCUUCCUUGCUUUUCUGUAUUGUCUGUGAUACUGUAACUGAAAUGUCGUCUGUCACCUCUUCCAGAUUAUCUUUGUAGACUAAGCAGUACCUCUGUUGUAGCUAGGUGAGUCUUCUGUUUUCCAGUUCAUCUGUCAUCUGCUGGUUUGUUCCUGCCUGUUAGUGUCCUCUGUGCUGCUGAGAAUGGGGGGAAAAAGAAGUAGUUGGCGCUACAGCCUUUGCACUGAGCUACUUACGUGCUGUGGCAGAUUUCAAAGAGAUAAUGCACCUACUUGAAUUGGGCCGCUGCUGUUAGACAAGUGGAUCCCUAAAGUGCUGCCAUGAUACACAUUGUGCUGCUUUUACAAGAACACUUUGGUUAUUGUACUAUUUUCAGUUAAGACAAGCCUUACUUAAAAGAAAGUCUUAAAGCCAUAGCAUUAUGCUAACUCUUCACAUCGGGCAGUGGCAUGGCUGCGAUCCUGGCUAUUGCAUUACCAGUGGGCAGCAGGGUUUAUGUUGGUCUGAGCUGCUGUGUUGUACUGCGUACUUCUCCCAGCAAACCUACUGCCACUCUGACCUCUUCUAGGUUGUGUCUCUCAGCUGUGCUGGUGCCCUUUAUCUGCAGGUAAAGCAGAUGCACUACUCUGGUUUGGUAUGGUUGGUUGGACAUGUAAUCUGACAUGGGCUUGCACAACCAGACCCAGCCAUGUAAUUCUUGCUCUUAAGGACUAUCUCACGGGGGCAGCUUCCCUAAAGCUCCCUGAUGUGACUGAACUCUGACAAAUCUUUGUGUUUCACAGAGACAAGUGUACAAAUACUCCUGAAAGACUAAGACAAGCCCCUUCCCUUGGGUGGCAUGGCCGUGAGCUGUUGGCUACCCUCUGCUGAUUUCAGUGCAAACACUCCCGGGCUGUUGUUCAGUGAAAUUUGUUUGGUUGUCUUCAUGUGCUGUGCGUGUUUUCAACAAGGAGCAGUAGUGCAAUACUAAAAUUUUGUGAUGUGGGUGUGUUUGAACUGCUUGAUGUAAGUAAUGGGUUCAUAGUCUUUAAAACUCGAAGCUCCUUCAAGUAAUAUUUCCGUGUUUCAUGUUGGAUCUGAACCUUACCUUUUACUAAUUCCCUUUUUGUAUUUAAAAAUAUGACUUGCUGCGGUGAGUCUUUUGAUGUCUUCUGAAGUGUUCAAUAAAACAUGUAUCAAUUCUUGGUUAUUUAAAUAAAACUAACUUGUGAACUA